UUUGAGGGCAUUUUGAAUAUUAUAUUUUUAAAUUCGAAAAUACAAAUGAUCACGUUUUGAAAGAAAACAACAAAAAUGGCGGACAGUGCGAGCGAGCUCGAAAGUGAUACGAGCUCUAUUGAUGGGGGCCCUACGCUUAAACCACCAUCUCCGGCAACAUUAGAACAACUUCAGAAAAGAAUAGAAUCAUUACAGCAAGAAAACAGAGUUUUAAAAAUGGAGUUAGAAACAUAUAAACUGAAAUGCAAGACGUUACAGGAGGACAAAAAAGAACUCCAGAAAGCCAGUGUCAACAUUCAAGCCAGAGCUGAACAAGAGGAAGAAUUCAUUAGUAAUACCUUACUAAAGAAGAUACAAUGUCUGAAAAAGGAAAAAGAGUCAUUGGCUAUGAAUUAUGAACAAGAAGAAGAAUUCUUAACCAAUGAUUUGUCAAGAAAAUUAACACAGCUUAGGAACGAAAAAGUAGAACUGGAGGAGACAUUAGAAAAAGAACAAGAAUAUCAAGUUAACAAAUUGAUGAGGAAGAUUGAAAAGUUAGAACGAGAAACAUUGUCUAAACAAGUUACUCUUGAACAGUUAAGACGAGAAAAAGUGGAAUUAGAAAAUGCAUUAGAACAAGAACAAGAGUCCCUAGUCAACAAGUUGUGGAAAAGAAUGGACAAAUUAGAAGCAGAGAAAAGAUUGCUUCAGGAAAAGUUAGACCAACCUGUGACUGGCCCUCCUUCCCCCCGUGAUAUGAACAAUGGCGAUACAGCACAGAAUUUAACACAACAUAUAGAAAACCUGAGAGGAGAAGUCAAUAAUUUGAAAGACAUGCUGCGGAGAGCACAAGUAGAACAUGAAGAAAAAAUGGCACAUUAUGCUCAAGAAGAAAAACACAUAAGGGAAGAAAAUUUACGUCUACAAAGAAAAUUACAAUUGGAGAUGGAAAGAAGAGAAAACCUUUGUCGUCACCUGUCUGAAAGUGAAUCUAGUCUUGAAAUGGAUGAUGAAAGGCAUUUUAAUGAAAUGACAAAGCAGCAAGAUUUAAGUCAUGGUGUUAGACCUAGAACAGUAUCAAGUCCUAUCCCAUAUGGUUCUCCUAAUACAGCCAGACCUAUAUCUCCAGGAGUGAAUUAUCCAGCGUUUAGUCCUCCAAGUCCCAUGAGGAGGAGUACUGGUAGUACCAGCAGUACUAGUAGUGGAACAUUUCACCCUCCCCACCAUUACCCUGGAACGUCACCUCCUGUACAUUCGCCCAUGCAGAAACCAAGACCUAGUACUGAAAAAUUUGCUAGACCAAGCAGUUUUCCAGAAAGAAAUGAUAAAACCUGAAAGAAGAAUUCCAUUUCUUGUUUGGUGCUAAAAGUGAUUUGUGUUUCACGCUUAUCCAAGGCCAAGAUUUCCAGAGCCGACAGGGGAAAAGACUGUGGUUUUGAUUGUGCUUUUGCAUUAUUUUUGUUAUUUGCAGUCAGUUACUGUUAGAAAAGGAUAUUCCAUCUGUUUGUUUUUACUUUAUUGUUUAUAAUGGAGGCACUUCUUUUAAGGAAUUUGAUUUUGGAUAUUAUAUUUUUUGUUUAAGAAAGGGAAACACUGGUGUGUUACAGAUAAUUAGAUUUAGCAUGCUUGAUCCAAGUAAACAUAUUGUCAUUACAUAUAUUAUAUGCUUUUGUUUAUUGUUAGUUUUGAGCACUUUAUGAUCAAUUCCUUAAGCACUAGAGGAACAAGCAGUUGUAUCAAAUGUAUAUUGGCAAGUUAGAUAACUUUUUGUGGAAUUCAGUAUGUUUGUGCUGACCAUUGUAUUUGAAUUAAUAUCAGUAUUUGCAUGGUUUGAAAUAUAAAAAUAAGUUCAAAGAUUAAUUUCUACUAAUCCUGAAAUUACACCUAAUUUUAUACAGGUAUUUACAGUUUCUUGCAGCUAAUCAGUUAAAAUUUUACUAUGAGCUAUUUGAAUAUUUGUUAGAUGUAAAAUAUCAAUGGUUCUGCAGUAAAACACCUAUUAAACUGGACUAUAGUUGAUUCUCUUAACUUUCAACACCUGAUAUUUUUUUUUUAUAACAUAUCAUCAUCAAAUUGAAUUAGAAUUGACCAGUUUUAUAAAAAUUAUCAUAAAACCUUUUACAUUAAUUGAUAGUUACGUGUCUUAAAAUGAUCGACUGUGUGUGAUUUAAAUUACAGAUUUUAUACAAAACAGUCCUAAGAAAUUUAGUCUAAUUAGGUUGCAACCAUUUGUCAAUAGAUUUUGUCUAUUUAGAUUAAUUUUCUUUUUUAAGCUUUUGGAAUGUUUCAAAUAAGAAUUGUCUGCAGAUACAUGUAACUUUCAAGUGUGUUGUUUUUUUCAUCCAAGUUAACUAAUGUUUUGACGGAGGUUGUGUUCACUAUGAUUUAAAGAGAUGGUUGAUAAAAACACACUGCAUGCAUAAAAGUUUUGCUCAUAUAUUACAAUACUAUGAUAUCAUUCCAUUCUUUUAAAG